GAAGCGCCUCAGUCAGAGACAGAAAGUGCCGGGGCGGUGGGGUUGCUGCUGCUCCGCCCGAAACUUCUGAGUAACAUCAACAGGGGGAGGGGAGGGCGGGCGGCGGUGGAGGAAGGUGGUGUGGGGGGAAGGCUAGCAGCAGCGCAGCCCUAUCCGCCUCUCCCUUCAUAAACCAGCCUGUGUCGGGCUGAGCAGGCCCCUCACACAAAGGAGGGCAGGGCAGGCAGGGCUGUCCCCCCUUCCCCCCCGCCUCGGCAGAGGGGCAGCGGGGACGCGCCCUUGCCCGUGCACAGCACUCACAGCCACUUACUCCUCUCCUGUCCCCGUCUUCUUCUCUUCUCCCCUCCUUCCCACCCCGCCCCGCGGUUCUCCCCUCAGCCCCCCGCCCGCUGUCCAUGUAGCCGCCCGGCCGCCGGCCCCUCCGCACUAUGCCCAUCUUACUCUUCCUGAUAGACACGUCCGCCUCCAUGAACCAGCGCACCCAUCUGGGCACCACCUAUCUGGACAUAGCCAAAGGCGCUGUAGAGACUUUCAUGAAGCUCCGAGCUCGGGACCCGGCCAGCCGGGGAGACAGGUACAUGCUGGUCACUUUCGAGGAGCCUCCCUACGCUAUCAAGGCUGGCUGGAAGGAAAACCAUGCAACGUUUAUGAAUGAACUGAAAAACCUUCAGGCUGAAGGACUCACAACUCUUGGCCAGUCCCUAAGGACAGCUUUUGACUUAUUAAACUUAAAUAGAUUAGUAACUGGCAUAGACAACUAUGGGCAGGGACGAAACCCCUUUUUUCUGGAGCCAGCAAUAAUUAUAACAGUCACUGAUGGAAGUAAAUUAACUACUACGAGCGGGAUACAGGAAGAGCUCCAUUUACCUCUCAAUUCCCCUCUACCUGGAAGUGAGUUGACUAAGGAACCCUUUCGAUGGGAUCAGAGGUUAUUUGCUUUGGUUCUCCGUUUGCCUGGUAUUACAGCACCAGAAUCGGAGCAGAUGACAGGAGUACCGGUGGAUGACUCUGCAAUCACACCUAUGUGUGAAGUCACAGGAGGUCGAUCAUAUUGUGUGUGCUCCCCAAGAAUGCUGAAUCAGUGUCUUGAGUCAUUGGUGCAAAAAGUGCAAAGUGGCGUGGUAAUAAAUUUUGAAAAAGCUGGACCGGAUCCCUCACCAAUUGAUGAUGGGCAGGUGGAUAUAUCUAGACCCUUUGGACCCCAACCUUGGCACAGCUGUCACAAACUUAUUUAUGUCCGACCAAACCCUAAAACUGGGGUUCCUAUAGGUCACUGGCCUGUUCCUGAAUCCUUUUGGCCAGAUCAAAAUUCUCCAACACUGCCACCUCGCACAUCUCAUCCUGUGGUGAAAUUUUCCUGUACUGACUGUGAGCCGAUGGUAAUUGACAAACUGCCUUUUGAUAAAUACGAGUUAGAACCUUCACCACUGACCCAGUUUAUCUUGGAAAGAAAAUCCCCUCAGACCUGCUGGCAGGUAUAUGUGAGCAAUAGUGCAAAAUACAGUGAACUUGGUCAUCCUUUUGGUUACUUGAAAGCUAGUACAGCGCUGAACUGUGUGAAUUUAUUUGUGAUGCCUUACAAUUAUCCAGUCCUCCUUCCACUGCUAGAUGACUUGUUUAAAGUACACAAGGCAAAGCCUACAUUGAAAUGGCGACAGUCAUUUGAAAGCUAUUUGAAGACAAUGCCUCCAUAUUAUCUUGGGCCUUUGAAGAAAGCUGUGAGAAUGAUGGGAGCACCGAAUCUUAUAGCUGACAAUAUGGAAUAUGGACUUAGUUACAGUGUCAUUUCCUAUCUCAAAAAGUUGAGUCAGCAGGCCAAAAUAGAGUCCGAUAGAGUCAUUGGCUCUGUAGGCAAAAAGGUAGCGCAAGAGACUGGAAUUAAGGUCAGAAGCAGAUCACACAACCUGUCUAUGGCACAUAGGAACGAUUUUCAACAUCUGCUACAGGGGAUUACUGGGGAAAUUCCUCAUAGACCUCUAGACCUCAAUAUGAAGGAGUAUGCUGGGUUCCAAAUAGCUUUGCUGAAUAAGGAUUUGAAACCUCAGAGUUUUAGAAAUGCUUAUGACAUACCCAGAAGAAAUCUUUUGGAUCAGUUAACACGAAUGAGAUCUAAUUUACUGAAGAGUACUCGCAAGUUCCUCAAAGGACAAGAUGAAGACCAAGUUCACAGUGUACCUAUAGCACAAAUGGGAAACUACCAGGAGUAUCUAAAACAAGUACCUUCUCCACUCCGAGAGCUUGAUCCUGAUCAACCACGAAGGCUUCAUACAUUUGGCAAUCCAUUCAAAUUGGACAAAAAGGGAAUGAUGAUAGAUGAAGCAGAUGAGUUUGUAUCAGGGCCUCAAAAUAAACAUAAAAGACCUGGAGAACCAAAUAUGCAAGGGAUUCCAAAACGACGACGCUGUAUGUCACCCCUGCUCAGAAGUCGACCACAAACUCCUCCAGUUGUGAAUAAUCACAUUGGAGGAAAAGGGCCACCAACACCAAUCACACAAGCACAGCCUGACCUUGUUAAACCUAUUCCUGUUCACAAAACAUCAGAAACAAAUAAUGAGGCUACAAUAGAUGAUGUGGUUGAGAAUCAUGUUACAGAUACACUUUCAUCAGAUGUUUUCCCAAAUACUGUGGAUUCAGAGUUUUCAACGUCCUCUUCUUUGUUCAAUUCAUUGGAUCGACCAGCAGCUCAUACAGAGGAUGUAGGCCAUGAACAUUUAGGGAAUAACAUGAAUGUUGAUGGGUUUUUGGAGAAUCAUGAAGAAUCAGGUAGUAAAGAACAAAGUACCGAAGAGAACUUGCCAAUGUCUUCACCCAGCAAAGGGAAAAAGCCAGUGCAUUGCAGAAGUUCCAGAGAGAUUAAUAUAGAGCUAAGAGCACAAAUUAUGAAAGAAAUCCGAAAACCAGGAAGGAAAUAUGAAAGAAUCUUCUUUUUACUAAAGCAUGUACAAGGAAGCUUACAAACCCGACUGAUAUUUUUACAAAAUGUUAUUAAAGAAGCUUCAAGCCCCAAUUAAUGCUGCCUCUUGGAUUUCCACCUGAAAGAAAGGAAAAGAAAUGGGAGAGUCCCAUCUCUUGCCCUGAUCUGCAGUUAAGGGCCACCAGUGUUUGCAAUGUGCAUGUGGAGUACAUCUACAGUUGGCACAGACCAGGGAAGCAGAAAGGUGAGAUAUGGUUAACUAUCACCCUUCUACUGUGCUGGUGUUUGAACAGCUUGAGAAACAUGUUCAGCAUCUCAAGAGAAGCAAGCAAGCAAUGGUAAUGCGUGCAUAAACUACACAGGGGUCUAGGACUGCCAUUGCCCUUCACACGGAUUUUGCAGCAGCUCUGGAGCAUCUGAGGCUUCCAAAAGGGAAGCAAAAAAGAAGGAGCUUUCCUUGAUAAGGCUCAUGUGACCAAAAGUAGAAGAAAAAUGGGGAUUGCACAGCUCAGUAAUUUUAGUUUUAUGGAAAUUAUACUGGAGAAUUUCUGUUGAGAUGCCAUUCAGCUUGUGAGAGUCAUUUAUUGACUCUGAAGUCCAUAGCUGAGAUUUUAUUCUAGAUUUCCCCACUCAGCCAGCCCCAGCUGUUCACAUGAAUGAGCUUUUAGCAGAAGCUACUGCACAUGAAGGUCACUGCAAAGUGUGUAAGAGAGAAGCCUGCCUUCAAGGAGACAAAACUUCCCCGUCGUUGCCUUUAAUGCUAUCAAAGAGAUCAUCUUCAAAAUACAAAGCUUGUAACAGUUCAGGAGCUAUAGAUAAAAUAUUAGUAACCUUUUUUUAUUUUUUGCUUUUAUAAUCUGAGCAAACAGAUUUAACUGACAGAAAAAUGUUUUAUUUUCUCAAACUGGAUUUUUUGUGGGCUGAUAAAGCUGGAUUUCACUUGAGUCUUUAGUGUUGGUCUGAGAUCAAAUAUUAUAGAGUUAUUAUGAGCAAUUGCAAAGGCAAAAUGGAAGUGUGUUAAUUAUAAAAGUUUAAAUUUAGGUAGGAACACAUUUAAAUGCCACUAUGCCUUAAUAAAUAAAUAAAGACUAGUAGUUAUUUUUGUAGUAAUAAGCUCCUAAAGUGAGAAGUACAGCCUGUAUAUUUGAUUUACCUGUAGCUCCUGAUGCGUUUGUACCAUCUUCUGUUAUUUCAAUCUCUGCUUUGUGAAUAGCUUCUGAAAUAUAAAGAUUAUCUUGCUCUGCAGAAAAAUACCAACCAAACCAAACCAAAACAACAAAAAAAAGCCCACCAAAAAACAAACAAAAAAAAAAAACAAAC